CUCCAAACACCAAACAUCAAUAAUAUGUUUUGCUGGGAAUUGAACAAAGAUUGAGGAUCCUCAAGGUUGUCUGGAAACUAAAAUUCAAAUUUUAAGAGUACUGGUGGAACCGGCAAGUACUAAUUGCAUUCUUAUCUUAAACAGUUUUAUGAGGCAAAACUGAGCAGAAAACUGCAGAUCCAACAUAUGGCUGUGAACGAAGGAGAUAGUGUUGAAAUUGAUAUCGACCACUUGGUGUCUUCAAUAGAAAAGAUGAUGCCCCAUGAUUUGCUCAUAUCGUCUAAAUGUUGCAUCUUCAAAACCCCUUCCAUUCUCUACCGGCAUAAUGAAAAGGCUUAUAUUCCGGAUGCAUUUUCUAUUGGGCCUCUCCAUCAUGGCAGUCCAAACUUGAAAGUCACAGAAAAAAUUAAAACCAGGUAUUUGCAACGACUUAUCUCUCGCUCGAACUCUUCGGAAUUGCUAAGAACUCUCAUCAAGUCCAUCACGGAGGUGGAGAAAGAUGCUCGUGAGUGUUAUGCAGAAACAAUUGAACAUUACAACCCAGAAGAACUUGUGAAAAUUUUGGUACUUGAUGGUUGCUUUAUUAUUGAGUUGUUCCGCAAGCAAGCUUAUCCAGAACUUAGAGAAUUACGUGACCCCAUUUUCAGCAGGUCCGGUAUGUUACAAUUUCUGUUCCAUGACUUGAUAUUGCUAGAAAACCAAGUACCUUGGAUGGUACUUGAGCGUUUGUUCAACUUGACGAAGGAUUCUUACGACGAAAAGCCCCUAAUUGUACUUGCCGUGAAUUUCUUCGAUGGCACUCAUUUCUCAAAAAGCAUGCCUCCACAGGAUCAGGUUAUCAAUAUCAAAGGCAUCAAACAUUUUGUUGAUUUAUUAAGGAGCAUUUCAAUUAUAUCAAGCACUGAUCCCAGGCCGGAUCAGUAUAUCAAUAUCGAAUGCAUCCAGCGUUUUGUUGAUUUGUUCCUGAAAUUGUCAACUUUAUUAAGUACUCAUUUCAGGAAAUUGACAACUUCAUCAAUCACUCUGUUUCGGAAAGUGUCAACUUUAUUAAGUGCUAUGUUUGGGAUAUCAAGUAUUGAAGAAGAGAGAGAGAGACAACGAGGAUGGGAAUUUUUGCCUUCUGCUACGAGCCUUUCGGAGGCUGGAAUCAAAUUUAAAAGGGGUACGUCUAAAACCGUAUUGGAAGUAAAAUUUAAUAAUGGCAUUCUAGAAAUUCCUCCUUUUGAAAUUCACGAUAUAACAGAAACUGUCUUUCGAAAUCUCAUCAGCUAUGAACAAUGUCACUUCUUCUGUGGUGAUAGGAUCACUUCCUAUGCCAUACUCUUAGACAGCCUCAUUAAUACUGCCAAGGACAUAGAUAUUUUGUGCAAGAAUGAGAUAAUUGAUAACUGGUUGAAUCCUGAGGAUGCGGCCCAGCUCUUCAACAAGCUUUACCUUGACACUUGUGUGGCUUACCAGUACAAUAGUCUUUGCAGGCAAGUGAAUAGUUUUUGCCGACGCAGGUGGCCUAGAUGGCGUGCAGUGCUUGCGCACAAUUAUUUCAACACUCCAUGGGCUUUUAUUUCGACAUUAGCAGCAUUUAUCCUGUUGGUGCUGACGUUGUUACAAACUGUGUACACCAUGAAAAAUUAGUACAUGCAUAUUACAUCCUUGAAUAAAACCUGUUGUAUGUAUAAUGGUCUCUCGACUCUCUAAUGUCCUUUCCAAUGUCAAUUAUGCUUUGGUGUAUGUGUUUUAGUACUGUUGGGUCAGAGGAGUUGAUUAUUGUGUAAACCAA